GUCUGCGGUAUCACGUCUACUUUCUAGCUCUUCAUUUGCAUCUUCAAACACAAUCCUUCUUUCCACGCCCAUCAACCAUUCAUCCCACCGCCCUACACCAUCCCCACUGAGUCGGUCCGUCUACGAAAUGGAAUAUCCCCAGAUCCCAGGAACCUCCCUCCUAUCCCAUCCGCCAGCAGCUCCUAUAUCAGCAACCUCCCCCCUCCCCCCAACUCUCACAAACCCCACCCCACCCACAUCAACCUCGAAAUCUAUCUUCGCCUUCUGGCACUCCGGCCUCGACACCCUCCCCCCCUACCUCCUCCGCAACAUCCUCGCCUGGCACCGCCGCUUCUCGCCCCUGGGCUGGACCAUCCACCUCCUAGACACCGUCCCGGACUCCCCACGCAACGUCUCAAACUACAUCGACACAACCUCUCCCGCCGUAGUCCCCGCCGCCUUCACCAACGGCACACUCGACGGCGCCUACGCCGCCCAGCACACCUCCGACCUCGUCCGCUACCCGCUGCUGCUAAAGUACGGCGGCGUCUACCUCGACGUCGGCGUCCUGCAGUUCGGCGACCUGGACCGUCUCUGGACGUGCGCCAUCGCCAAUCCAGCCUCGCCGUACGAGUUUGCUGGAUUCACUAUGGGCGAGGCCCCGGAACUGUCUAUCGUGAAUUUCUCGCUCAUGAGUCUGCCUGACAACCCGCUUGUGCGACGCGCGCAUUACAUUCUGCUCCGGCUCUGGGAGGGCAGGACGAAUACGACGGGUAUGCAUGCGCAUCCCCUGGUGAGGCAUGUGCCGCUGAUGCGUGUGCCGCGGGAAGUUGUGGUGGAUGAGGAGGGGAAGGGGAAGAUGGUGCUGGACGAUGCGGCGAUGACGGAUUAUGCGGCGCAGAUACAGUGUAUGGGGGCUGCGCAGCGAUGGCUGGAUGAAAAGGAUGGGUGGGAUGGACCGAGGUAUGUGCGCGAGAAGUGCUGGUUGCGCAGUAUGAUGGAUGGAGCGUUCGUUCACGAACAACUUACGAAUUGGAGCGGCGUGAAACAACACUAUCUACUGUCCCUGCCCUUGCCUAAGCCUGCAGAGCAGGAAAGUGAGGACCAGAAGCUAGCAAGGGGCUUAGUGGAGAAGGUGGUAGCGGAGAGUUGGUGCUUGAAGCUGGGCCACGGGUUCUCGGCGAAGUUGUUUGGCGGUGAUACGCUCGGGAUGCUAUGGAGGAAGAACGAGGGGAGUGAUUGUGCCGAGGGGAGUGAUUGUGCCGAGGGGACGUACGCGGGUUGGUUAAGAUGGGCAAAGGUGAAUUGCGUACAGAAUGACCCGCCACAGCCGAUGAAGAUUCCAGUCUACAAGCCCACGAUGGUGGGAAGGCUUGUUUAA